CGCGGGCCGCGGGCGAGGCGGGGCCGCGCGCGGGGUCCCCUCCUCCUCCCGGUCAGGUCCCCUUAGGAGCGCCGGGCACAGUGUGCGCCUCCCGCUCCCCGUCUCCGGCCCGGCCCGGGACGCCGCGGGUGUGGGGUCGGCCCGCUAAGGACAAGGUCAGGAUACUGGGUGGCGGCGAUGCCCGAGUGCGACUGGAGGCAGCCGAGCGGAGGCGACGGCGGUUGGGAUCUGUCCCUCCUGACCGGGGAGCGGGACUGGGACGGGCGCCGGUGAGGAGGAGGAGAAGCGGCGGCGGAGAGGUUUUCUGCGGCCGGAAUUUCCUUCAACUGCAUCCCUGUCGGCGCCCGCGAGCGCAGUCUCGCCGGGCAGGGGCGCCGGGGAAGAUGGAGACUGGGGGCCGGGCCCGCACUGGUCCCCCGCAGCCGGCGACCCCCGGGCUGUGGAGGGCUCGGCCGGCGGGCGGCGGCGGGGGCGCCUCCUCCUGGCUGCUGGACGGGAACAGCUGGCUGCUGUGCUAUGGCUUCCUCUACCUGGCGCUCUACGCGCAGGUGUCCCAGUCCAAGCCGUGCGAGAGGACCGGCUCCUGCUUCUCUGGCCGCUGUGUCAACUCCACCUGCCUCUGCGACCCGGGCUGGGUGGGGGACCAGUGCCAGCACUGCCAGGGCAGGUUCAAGUUAACAGAACCUUCUGGAUAUUUAACAGAUGGCCCAAUUAACUAUAAAUAUAAAACUAAAUGUACAUGGCUCAUUGAAGGCUAUCCAAAUGCAGUGUUAAGAUUAAGAUUCAAUCAUUUUGCUACAGAAUGUAGCUGGGAUCAUAUGUAUGUUUAUGAUGGAGAUUCAAUAUAUGCACCUUUAAUAGCUGUACUUAGUGGCUUGAUAGUCCCUGAAAUAAGGGGCAAUGAAACUGUGCCUGAAGUUGUUACUACAUCUGGCUAUGCACUGUUACAUUUUUUUAGCGAUGCUGCAUAUAAUCUAACUGGUUUCAACAUUUUCUAUUCAAUCAAUUCUUGUCCUAACAAUUGCUCUGGUCAUGGGAAGUGUACAACUAGUAUCUCUGUUCCAAGUCAAGUAUAUUGUGAAUGUGAUAAAUACUGGAAGGGUGAAGCUUGUGAUAUUCCUUACUGUAAAGCCAAUUGUGGUAGUCCAGAUCACGGUUACUGUGACCUAACGGGAGAAAAAUUAUGUGUCUGCAAUGAUAGUUGGCAAGGUCCUGAUUGUUCUUUGAAUGUUCCCUCUACUGAGUCUUACUGGAUUCUGCCAAAUGUUAAACCCUUCAGUCCUUCUGUAGGUCGGGCUUCACAUAAAGCAGUUUUACAUGGGAAAUUUAUGUGGGUGAUUGGUGGAUAUACUUUUAACUACAGUUCUUUUCAAAUGGUCCUAAAUUACAAUUUAGAAAGCAGUAUAUGGAAUGUAGGAACUCUAUCAAGGGGACCUCUCCAGAGAUACGGACACUCUCUUGCUUUAUAUCAGGAAAACAUCUUUAUGUAUGGAGGCAGAAUUGAAACAAAUGAUGGCAAUGUCACAGAUGAAUUAUGGGUUUUUAACAUACAUAGUCAGUCAUGGAGUACAAAAACUCCUACUGUUCUUGGACAUGGUCAGCAGUAUGCUGUGGAGGGACAUUCAGCACAUAUUAUGGAGUUGGAUAGUAGAGAUGUUGUCAUGAUCAUAAUAUUUGGAUAUUCUGCAAUAUAUGGUUAUACAAGCAGCAUACAGGAAUACCAUAUCUGUGAGUUACUUAAAAAUUGUAAUUUCUUUAUUGAUUGGGAAUGUUUUUCUCUUUAAUAAAAUCUUCAUAUUAAUUUA